AUUCCCCAGGGUCAACAUACAGACUUGGAGAGGAGCACACAAACUGACUCCAGUGCAGCCAGGGGGCAGAGGACACAGAUGUGUUGGAAAACUGAUCUGGAUAUAGUUAAAGCAGAUAGAAGAGGAGACAUAUGGAUCAGAGAGGACCGCAGAAACUGAACUGAGUGCUGGAGAGAUUGAGGUGGAUGAGCUUGUGGCAGCCCUUCCCUUUGGCCAGGAACAGCAGCUGAAUCCCAUUAUAUCAGGCACUGUCAACAUGCAAUCCUCCAUUCCCAUUUUCCAGUAAAACCUCCACUCCACCCACUGCUUCGCUCCAGCUAUCCCAAGCGAGAGGCAGCCCCAGCUGGGCUGAGGAUGCGUGUGACCUCCCCUCUCCUCCUGGCUCUCCUAGUACUCCUGCUGCUCCCACCACCCUCCCAGCUGAGAAAGGCAGGCCAGGGCAGGCGGCUCAAAGUAGGCAGACGCCUCCUCAGACGGGACAGGGUGAGAGGUCAGGGGCGCCAGGGCAGGUCAGGAGACUCCAGGCAUCAGGUCCCUGAAUGCUCAGAGUACAGCGACUCUGAAGACCUCUUCAUGGACUGCCAAGGGCGAAAACUUUCCUCCAUCCCCACUGCCUUAUCCUGGUCACGGGCUCCAGACCACCUCCUGCUGGCCCGUAACCGUAUCCGGGCCCUCCACGACGGGGCCUUCUCUGGCUUCGAGGGCCUGAGGAGCCUGGACCUGCAGCAGAACCGGAUCUCAGUGUUGGAGGAGGGGGUGUUCCUGGGCCUGAUACACCUCACCACCCUUCUGCUGCAGCACAACCGUCUGGGCACGCUCAGCGAGGAGGCUCUCAUCCCCAUGCCAGCCCUGCGCUACCUGCGUCUCCAUGACAACCCCUGGAGCUGCCGCUGCACACUCGACAGCCUGGUUCGCACACUGCAGGUGCCCAGCAACCGUAACCUGGGGAACCAUGCCAGGUGUGCGGAGCCAGUUGGGCUGAGGGGCAGGAAGCUGAGACAGGUGGACCCAGAGCUGCUGUGUGUGGAACUGGAGCCUCCCAGCGACCCCCCAGACCCGCAGGGGGAGGACCAGAGGGACUCCACAUACCCUCUGCAGCCCAUCCCCAUCAGGGGCAAGCCUGACGCCACCACCUCCUGCCAUACCUACCUGUUCCCCACACCCCGACUGGACUGCAGAAGCAGAGAUCUGGUGGAGGUUCCUGCAGACAUCCCAGGGGACAUGGUUCACAUGGACCUGUCCCAAAAUUCCCUCCGGCACCUGAAGGCCAGAGACUUUGUGGAGGCCAGAAGCCUAAGGUCACUCAAUCUCAGCGACAACAACUUGGAGGACAUGGACACAGCCUCCCUGUCUGGCCUUCUACACCUCCAUGAGUUGGACCUUUCCAACAACAACCUGCACUUCUUCCACUAUGGUGUUCUAGAAGACCUCUAUUUCCUGUCCCUACUAAGGUUGGGGGGAAACCCCUGGGUCUGUGACUACAGCAUCCACUACCUGGUGUACUGGCUACGUCUGCACCCAGGGGUGACCCACUCUGGCCUGCUGUGCCACUCCCCUCCUGAGCUCAGAGGAAAGAGUGUGGAGGACUAUGUUCACUCCUACAACAGAGCUUGCAGCCAGACAGAGCACAGUCAGACGGAAUACGGCCAGACAGAUCCAGAAUUGUGGGUCACAUCUAUGGAGCUGCAGGAGGAGAUGGAACCGGCACAUCUGAGAGGACCGCAGAAAUACCACGUCACCAGGUUGAAUUAACAAACGACCCCAGGAUGGAAUGACUGACAUAUUGAACACCUUUAAAUACGUUGUCUUUUUAUAGAGCAUUCAAAUUCAUUCUGUAUCAGAUGGUAAACUUGAACUUUGUUCAAUAUUGUUGUUCCUGCUUUGUCCCAAAAAAUAAGAAAUAACAAUCCAAGUAGAUAUAUUGGAUUGAGCAUAUGUGAGAAUCCAGAAUAUAAAUGUGGUGUAUAGACCGUAUAUCAUUUGGGAAAGAAAAUGGUAUGUACAGUAUUAGGUAUAUUAGGAUGAGCUAUAUCUAGAAUACAAUAUAUACAUACACAGUGAGUAAACAGUAUAUAAAACAGAAUAUGAGGUGACCAGCAUUCAAUACAUAUUUUUGGGGCGGCAGGUGGCCUAGUGGUUAGAGCUUUGGGCCAGUAACCCGAAAGGUUGCUGGAUCGAAUUGACAAGGUAAAAUUCUGUCCUUCUGCCCCUGAACAAGGCAGUUAACCCACUGUUCCUCGGUAGGCCGUCAUUGUAAAUAAGAAUUUGUUCUUAACCGACUUGCCUAGUUAAAUAAAAAUGGCUCUACAUAAAUGGGGCAUUAGUCUGUAGGCCUUGAUUUACUGCAAGUCUACUUUUCACCCAUACCGUUUAUGCCAUUUGCACUCCCAUUGUGAGCCAAUCUGAAUCCAUUUCAUUUUGAGAGCACACAGCAGAACAAUCUCUCUGCCCCCAUGCCUCUUGCUAUUUCCCACAAUUAUAUUAAGAUUUUGCCUUU